GCGAUGUUUUAAUGCGACGGCUCGCCAUUUUAGUGCGUUUGAGUGUCGUUGUGUGGGUUGCUGCGUUCGUACUACGUCCAACAACCCGAAAAACAUUUUUCUUUUUGUCAACAUAAUAUUUCCGUAUUUUUGUUCAACCAAUCGUUGUCUCACGACAUCAAUAUAUCAUUUAUGUUUCUCUGAUUUAAUACGGAUUUAACUGGAAACACAGCCAUGAUCACCAGAAAAAGAGGAAGAAGCAGUCUCGCCUCUGACGUCACAUGUACAAGUGCCUUUCAAGAGAGUGAUGAUGUCUUGAAAACAGGUAAUACGAGUGAAGUAACCACAUCUCCAGAAAGUGACAGCAAUAAUUGGGGCCUGGAUGACUUGCUCGGCUCUAAUUUCAACUGGGACCUGGACGACAGUAUGCUUGAUUCCUUCAGCAACUUCGAAUCACAGACAUCGGCCAGCGAUGAGACCAAUCAAAGCAUGACAGCUGAUGCUCCUGCAUCCCACAAAAGAGGUGCAGUCCAGCGGGCAAAACUGCAAGAUGUCUCUGGUCGGAUCAUCAACAAGAAUGCCAUUGCAGCGAGGAUCAACCGUUUAAAGAAGAAAGAGUAUGUCAGUGGCUUGGAGCAGAGAGUUGGCUCCUUGACAUCGGAAAACCGCAUUCUCAAGCAGGAAAACGGGAACCUCAACAAGAGGGUGGAAGAACUGGAGAAUGAAACUAGGUACUUGAGAGCCGUGCUGGCCAAUGAGAGCAUGCUGGCGCAGCUGUUGUCUAGAUUGAGCGGUGUGAACGGCAUGAAAUUCUCUUCCUCGCUUUUCCAGGAAUCCAACGAGAAUGACCACGAUUACGCCAUUCCCUCGAAGAACGCGAAGGUAGAGGACAAAGGUACUGCGGGUGGCAUCUGCCUGCAUGUGGACAAAGACCACGUCUCGGUGGAACUCUGCACCAAGUGUGCGGAAAUGUCAAGCUUGUCACUUAAAAUGUAGGGUCAAGUAUUUUACCUUUUCAAGGUUUCCUGAGACUGAACUUUGCACGAGAUGUAAAUGAUCAUUGAGGGGACAUGACGACACUAGUUGUCAAAUGUAGAGUUAACUGUUUAAGUGUGUGCAGGGCUUGAAUAGCAUGUCUUUUGAACCUGCUUUCAAUACAAGUUACUGCUAAACUUGUUGACAGUUUUUUUCUAGGUGCUUGGUCCGCCAUGCUGGAUGAAUGCAUCACAGAACAUCCAUGACUGCCAGAAUCCAUGUGGAUUUUGCUGUGGGGAAAGCAGAAGAGUCGGGACCACCAGCUUGCAUCGUGGCCUGGUAAAUUUAAUAAGGUAGUACGUGAAACUAUGUAAGUUACAGCUUUUACUGUCCAUUUCCAUCACAUCCUGAGAUGCCAGAUAUUGUCAUGUUUAUUUAGCAUUUAAAGUGUUACAUAUAGUAAUACAAAUAAGUAAAAUAGUGCACUUAACAUCUGUUGCAUAAUGAAAGUCAUCCUGGUAUGGAAAAGCAAUUAGGAUUUUUUUUAAUUUAGUCAAGAUGACAAGAGAAACUGUAUGUUCAACAAUACCAUGUUCAAAGGUUUAUGUUGUGUGAGGAAUGAUAGACCACAUGUGAGAUGUAUUGAAAAUCUAAACACUGUGCAGGCACAUGGCUACAGCUGUUUUGGGAUAAAAUUUAAUAAAUUUUGAUUGAACACUCA